CAGAUUCCCAUUGGUGCAAGGUAAGAGAAACUUCCGUUUAUGCAAAAUAGGAUCUCUGUGUCUGAUUUUUAAUUGGCUGAGUCUUUUAGCUUACUUUAGCCAAUGAGUACCACAAAUUACAAUCUACUCUGCAAGUAUAACUUGCACAUUUUCAGAGAGAAAAAAAUCACUUUGUAUUCACAACCUUUCUAAGUAUGUCUGGACGCGGCAAGCAGGGCGGCAAGGCUCGCGCCAAGGCCAAGACCCGCUCCUCCCGGGCCGGCCUGCAGUUCCCCGUGGGCCGCGUGCACCGCCUCCUCCGCAAGGGCAACUACGCGGAGCGGGUGGGCGCCGGCGCCCCGGUGUACCUGGCGGCCGUGCUGGAGUACCUGACGGCCGAGAUCCUGGAGCUGGCUGGCAACGCGGCCCGCGACAACAAGAAGACGCGCAUCAUCCCGCGCCACCUGCAGCUGGCCAUCCGCAACGACGAGGAGCUCAACAAGCUGCUGGGCCGCGUGACGAUCGCGCAGGGCGGCGUCCUGCCCAACAUCCAGGCGGUGCUGCUGCCCAAGAAGACCGAGAGCCACCACAAGGCCAAGGGGAAAUAAGACGACUGAACGUGGCUUUUUUUUCUUUAAACCAAAGGCUCUUUUCAGAGC